AUAAGUCUAAAAUACAUAUUCUAACUUUAUUUUCCAUAAACAAAUAAAAAAAUAGUGGUGAUAUUAUAAGAUAGCAGCAAGAAGCAACGUUGGUAGCGCAGUAGUGUGCAGUCCACAGUUAACGUAUCUGGCGGCAAUACUGUCCCAACACCAACACACACAAAUCGUUGCUUAUCAUAUUAGUACUAUCUUUCUCUUUGUCAUUUUAACAAACACGACACCAACAACAUAACAACCAUCUUCAAUUUCAUUCUCUCUCUAGUGGCAAUCUCGUAAUAAUGGAUAAAAAGCAAGGUUUCUUUUCAUCACUCAAACACGAAGUAGUUAGAGGACUCUCACCGGCGAGGUCACGUGCCAAGAGUCCGGCGAGAAGUGUUUCUCCGAUGUCGGGACUUCUCCGGCGGAGGAGGAAACAACAAGGUCCGCCGCCGGAGUUGUUCAUGACGAGAUCGGGGAGUUUGAGACCGGUGGAAGCGUUGUCGCCGUUGAAGGAAGGUCCUGAUGGAACCGACGGCGAGGAUGUUAACAGAGGGGAAGGAAAAUGGGGGCAUUGGAUGAAAGGACAGUUAGCUAGAGCACCUUCUGUUUCGUCUUCUUCUGGUUCUGGUUCUGGUUCGUCUUCUUCGGGUUUAGCAUGCAAGACAUCCGAUCUGAGAUUGCUUCUUGGUGUGCUGGGUGCUCCUCUUGCUCCUGUUCAUGUUUGCACUACUGAUCCUUUUCCGCAUCUCAGUAUCAAAGAUAUUCCCAUUGAAACCUCUUCUGCUCAGUACAUACUGCAGCAGUACAUUGCUGCUUCGGGUGGUUUGAAGCUUCAAAAUUCCAUUAAUAAUGCUUAUGCCAUGGGAAAAGUGAGGAUGAUAGCCUCCGAGUUCGAGACUGCGAAGAAAGUCACGCGUAGCCGUAAUUCCUCCAAAGCUGCAGAGUCUGGUGGAUUUGUCUUGUGGCAGAUGAAUCCAGAUAUGUGGUAUGUAGAGCUUGCUCUUGGUGGCAGCAAGGUUCAUGCUGGUUGCAACGGGAAGCUCGUGUGGCGCCACACGCCUUGGCUUGGUGCACAUGCUGCAAAAGGGCCAGUGAGGCCUCUUCGACGCGCGCUUCAGGGUCUUGACCCAAGAACAACUGCUAGCAUGUUUAUCAAUGCAAGAUGCAUUGGAGAGAAGAAGAUAAACGAAGAGGAUUGUUUCAUCCUCAAGCUUUGUGCAGAUCCAUCGACAUUAAAAGCGAGGAGCGAAGGUCCAGCAGAGAUCAUAAGGCAUGUUUUAUUCGGAUACUUUAGUCAGAAAACAGGACUUCUUGUUCACUUGGAAGAUUCCCAUUUGACCCGCAUUCAAAACAAUGGAGGCGAUGCAGUUUAUUGGGAGACCACAAUUAAUUCGUUUCUCGACGACUACAGGCCUGUUGAAGGGAUCAUGAUUGCACACUCGGGUCGAUCUGUAGUGACACUUUUCAGGUUUGGGGAAACAGCAAUGAGCCAUACUAAGACCAAGAUGGAGGAAGCAUGGACGAUUGAGGAGGUUGCGUUCAAUGUCCCUGGCCUUUCUAUAGAUUGUUUCAUUCCUCCAUCGGAGCUACGGUUUGCUUCUGUUAGUGAAGCUUCUGAGCUUCCUCAAGGUCAGAGAAUGAAGAGUAAGACCGCCGCAGCUGCUGCAGCUGCAUACCAUGCCAAAGUUGCUCAGUUCCAAAAAUCACACGAAAGCGAUACAAAUAACAUUAACUGGACAGUGGACGUUUAGCAAAGACAGUUUCUGAAUUAGCUUAAUUAUUGUAGCUUUAAGGGCCCAUUUGGUUCGUUGGAUGACAAAUUUCUGCAAGUAAAAUGGUAAAGUUUGCAGCAGGGAUCAUCAAAUUUGUAAAUAGAAUUGAUCAGUUACAGAUUCUAAAAAGUGAUUUAUAUUACUCUAGGUUUUUAGUGGAUGAUUAUGCUUAUGUACAUCAAGGUUUGUUUUAUCCACUUACCUAUAGUGUGAAGUUGAGAAUCUGCUGAUUAUUUAAUAACUGAAAUUCCUGUAGGUGUUUCUUAA